GGGUUAGGUUUAAAUUAGCAGUGUAUGAUCGAAAAUAGCGCGUAGAAGUGACGGCUGAUUAGGUCCCAACACAACGACGCCAGAGGAGGCCCAUCUUCCUCGAAUCCUCUUCCUCAUCAUCAACUCAACCCAAUUCCCUGUCUUGGUACAUCUCCCGCAUCGCGAUCUGGAGGAUCGUCCUGUUCCCACCCGGAAAGCUGAAUCAUUGAUAUGCUUUACUGAGUCCUGAUCUCUUCAAUCCCUUUUGAUACCUGGUGACUGGUGGUGACAAUGUCGACUCCUGCAAGGAAGAGGCUGAUGAGAGAUUUCAAGAGGCUGCAACAAGAUCCGCCGGCAGGAAUCAGUGGUGCGCCUCAGGACAACAAUAUAAUGCUCUGGAAUGCUGUAAUAUUUGGUCCUGAUGAUACUCCAUGGGACGGAGGAACGUUUAAGCUAACCCUCCAAUUUUCGGAAGAUUAUCCAAACAAACCACCAAUGGUGCGAUUUGUCUCUCGGAUGUUUCAUCCUAAUAUUUAUGCGGAUGGGAGUAUUUGUUUGGAUAUAUUACAAAAUCAAUGGAGCCCCAUAUAUGAUGUAGCUGCUAUCCUAACAUCUAUCCAGUCACUGCUGUGUGAUCCGAACCCAAAUUCCCCUGCGAACUCAGAAGCUGCUCGGAUGUUUAGUGAGAACAAGCGUGACUACAAUCGGAGGGUAAGGGAAAUAGUGGAGCAGAGCUGGACAGCUGACUAAGCACAUCCUUGUAGGCGAAUUCAGCAUAUCUGAAGCUUUGCACAAACGAAUUUAGUGGCAGUCCUUAAGAAUCAAUGUUCAAACUCAAAACUUCAAUUUUAAUUAUGCAUGCAUUGCUAUUCUGAACUUUAGGAUCACCUUGUCUUCAUUGUAGAUUUCGCUUUGUGCCAAUCUGUGUGUAAAAUAGAAAAGUUUGUAAACAUUGGAUUGCUAUCAACAUGGUUCAAUUCAAAAGUUGUAGUUUGCUAAAUGAUUGGGUAAAUGACAUAGAUUUAUUCAAUUAU